AUGCAUGAAAACAUUUAUAUAAAUACUCCCAUGCAGUAUAAUCCAGGGUCAGCAGCGAGAGAUCAAAAAAAGAAGUUUGACGGCAAUAAGAGGUAUGGUGUCUAUUUGGUGGUUCUUCUCUCUGUUCUCCUCUUCCUGUCUUUGCUGGCUACAGCAGUGUUGGCUUGCCUGUAUUACACCAGUAACUCAAAUCAGUUGAUAGAAUGUGAGCCAGUUAAAAACAACUCAAAUCUAGAAGACAACAAGCCACUACUGUCCUGUUCUUAUAAAGGUUUGCCAGAGAAGUGGGUCCAGGACAAGGGCAGAUUCUAUGUUUUCUCCAAUGAUACAAAGGAAUGGAACAGCAGCAGACAACUCUGUCAGGAUCUGGGUGGAGACCUGGUCAUCAUCAACAAUAGUGAGGAGCAGGAAUUUCUUGCUCAGCAAAUAGUCGCUUUUAAUGCAUUGGUGCUACACUGGAUCGGUCUGACUGACCACCAGACUGAGGGAGUAUGGCUUUGGGUGGACAACAGCCCCCUAAACAACAACAUCUCAUGUUGGAUCUACCCCCCUGACAAUUAUGAUAUGCGUGAUCCCAUGGGUGAAGACUGUGCUGUAAUAAAUGGAUACCUAAAAGGAGAAAAAUGGGGAGAUAUUUCUUGCUUGGAAAUGCAAAGAAGCAUUUGUGAGGUUCCGUGUUCUUGAUCAGUAGUACUACAGUUUUUACAGUGAUGUCAUUGAUAAACAAAAGCUGGUCCCCAAAGAACCUUUUAGGAAAUCUUUUUUUUUAAAUAACCAUCUUUAGUGUGAAGAAUAUUAUAAUGUAUUAAUCUAAACAACGUAUUUCCACUGUAAAGAACCUUUUGUCGAAUGGAAAGUUUUGGAUGUCAAAGGUUGUUUUGACACUUCAUGACUUUCACUACCAAUGUUAUAUAUAAUAAUGUAUUAUAUACAAUACAGUUAAGAAAGAUUUA